GCAGUGUUUUUCUCCUACAUCACAUCUCCAUAUUCAUAUUCUCAAGUUCUCUAUAUAAUAGCUGGAAUCACAUUUCCAAUUCACCUUCUCGGCGGUUACUGUAAAUCUGUCAAAUGGACCCUGUUUAAUCUGCAUUUCUGGGCAUUUCUAUUUGAUUUACUGCUCAGUUUCUUUUUUCAGCCAUUUAUAUGUACUCCGCUGUCACAUGAUUAUGAAUCGAAGGUCGCUUGCUCACCAGUCACAUC